AUGAGGCCGGGUACCAGGCGUCGGGUGCUGGCUGAAACCUGCCCUCGACCACCAGAUUCUUGCCCAAGCCGUAUCCAUGCCGGUGGCCUCGUGAAGGCGCACGGCGAGUCGAGGAUGACGGAGGCUCAACCAUCUGCCGGCGCGGCCAUCGUGGUGUACCGUUGCACGACUGACCGCCGGCAAGAGAGAAAGUGCAACGACGGGACCGAAGAGACGCUACAGAACAGGACACGCAACCAUCAGGGCGCCAGGGGCAACUUGAAUCUGGACCCCUUGGGGUCCCCAGACUAUGAUGUCGUCGUGCGCCAGUUCGACUCAGAGACGUGCAGGGCCUUGGAAACGAAGAGAGAUUAA